GUCAUGUAAAUUUUAAAUGGUCAAAAAAUCGUGAAUUAAAUAGAAAACAAUACAAAACCGCGACUAAAAUAGUGCUUAAACCCGGGAUAUUUUGUAUUAGAUGUAGAUUAUCCAUAGUUCGUGCGUUAAGUGUUAAUAUUUAUUAAUAAAAAUGACAACAAAUAUGUAUCGGGUCGGAGACUAUGUCUACUUUGAGACUUCGUCGACGUCUCCUUUCCAGAUACGACGCAUCGAGGAACUAAAUAAAACUCCAUCGGGAAAUGUAGAGGCAAAGGUGUUGUGUUUUUAUAGGAGAAGAGAUUUGCCUAAUCCACUUGUUCAAUUAGCUGACAAGCAUCAACUUGCUCAAACAGAUGAUUCGCCUGCCGCAUUAAAACUGAAGAAAAUGUGGUUGAAAACACCGGUUAGUGAAGAACAAGCAGCACAAGCGGUAUUAGAUCCUGGACUCGUUGCUUUGGAGGAAGAACGCAACAGUCCCAACAAUAAUUCAACGGGUGACCAAAAAGGUAUCGACGCUCUAAGUACGAAGCAACGUCAUCAGAUGAAGCAUCGCGAACUCUUUCUGUCACGUCAAUUGGAAACGUUGCCCGCCACACACAUCCGCGGAAAGUGUUCCGUCACGCUGCUGAACGAGGAGGAAUCGUUACUUAGUUAUUUAAAUAAAGACGAUACAUUUUUCUACUGUCUCGUGUUUGAUCCGACGCAAAAGACGCUUCUUGCGGACAAAGGUGAAAUUCGCGUGGGCAGCAGGUACCAAUCCGACAUUCAAGCGUUGUUAAAGGAAGGCGAAUCCGAUGAACGGGAACUAAGUCAGAUGGAAACGCUUACAUGGACUCCGCAUCACUCGCUUACCGACAGAAAAAUCGAUCAGUUUCUCGUUGUAUCAAGAUCCGUUGGUACAUUUGCUCGUGCCCUUGAUUGCAGUAGCUCCGUAAAACAACCGUCCCUUCAUAUGUCGGCAGCUGCUGCGAGUCGAGAUAUCACACUCUUUCACGCAAUGGAUACCCUGCACAAACACAACUAUUCAAUUGAAGAUGCAAUGUGUUCGUUAGUCGCAUCGAGCGGACCUGUUUUAUGUCGCGACGAGAUGGAAGAAUGGAGUGCAUCUGAAGCUAAUUUGUUCGAAGAUGCGCUCGAAAAGUACGGAAAGGAUUUCAAUGAUAUCCGAAACGACUUUUUACCGUGGAAAACGCUCAAAAGUAUUGUAGAAUAUUACUACAUGUGGAAGACAACGGAUCGUUAUGUGCAACAAAAACGUGUCAAAGCUGUAGAAGCUGAAUCGAAACUCAAGCAGGUCUACAUUCCCAACUACACGAAACAGAGUCCCGCGUUAAUAACGAACAACAAAAGUAUUUUAAAUGGCACGUCGAAUGGCAAUGGUGAUAUUACGUCUUUGGGCAGCGGAAAAUCAUGCGAAUCGUGCGCAACGACAUCGUCUCAAGCGUGGUAUACAUGGGGUCCAUCAAACUUGAAUUGUCGCCUCUGUCAAACGUGUUGGAAUUAUUGGAAACGCUACGGAGGCCUUAAAGUUGCUUCUCGCUUGGCAGACAACACCGCGGAAUCUGGCGCUGCGGAUCCAAUUAAAAAACGUGAUGUUAGCAGUGAUAUUGACGACGAACGAUUGAAUUCUGUCAGUCACAGACCUCAUCGAUCCGGAUCUCCGAGACCCAUAAUGAAGACUCGAACAGCAUUUUAUUUACGUACAAAUUCAACGACGCGACUGUCACGUCAAUUGUGCAGGCAUUUGAUUCGAUCGAAAAAAGCGGCGCGACAACCAUCGUAUGCCGUCAAUUUGGUAGCUGUCAAAACAGAAUUUGCACAAGCAAUUGCCAACAAAACUCCCGCCGAACUCAAGGCGUUGUUAGUUACAAAGUAUAAAAAUCGCGGAAGCGUAACGAAAAUCGCCGACAAACUCGGAAAUCCGGGAUCAACAGUUGCUGAAUGGCUAAUUCUCACACCAAAAGACAAAAUGCCGAAGCCCGAAGUCAUGAUGUUCCCAAAACCUCCAAAAGCUCCGGAUGGAAGUCUCAUUUACGAUCGCAUCCCGAACAAAGUUCCUGAUGUGCCCGAACGCGUACCAAUUAAUGCAGCGCAACAUCAGGCGCCGUCACUCAAGAAACGUCAUUACGAAGAGAUCAAUGGAAUUGACAGUAACAAUCCUCAACAACCACCAAUGAAACGUCCUAACAAGGAUCCAAUGCCCUCACACAGACCAACGCCCGAACAGUAUGCUGCAAUAAUGGCACAAUACGCAGCUGCUGGACAACCUCUUCCGAGACAUCAUCUCAAUGGAAAACCUAAAAUAGCACAAAUGGCGAGAACGGGCUCAGGACGAAAGCAAGUGAUAAGCUGGAUGGAUGCGCCUGAUGACGUAUAUUUUAGGUGUACAGAAAAAAGCAGAAAAGCUCGUCGAACCCUACCCAUCACGGAUUUAAGGAAAGCCGCUCGCAAACCAUGGCGAACUCUCAACAGCCAAGCAUUGAGUUUGAUGCACAGUGCUUUAUCCAUCAACCUUCCGGGCACCGGCACAUCAAUUACGCCCGGCAGUGCGCCAACGAUCACAACUAAAACGCCUAUUAACAGUAGCGGAGACUUACAGGUUCUGAUUUUAGACUGACCUCGGGAAACUCAGCCGCAUCCCUACACAAUGGAGGCGUUGCUUAACUCAUAAAAAAACAAGAAAUUGAUAAAAAAAAAAAUGAAUGUAAAUAUUUAUUGCGUGCGGGAUUUGAUUAGAAAAAGAAAAAAAACUACAAAAAAUUAACAAUAUUUUAACAACUAUACAUGUAAAAAGUGAGAGACAGACCAAUGAAGAAGAACGUGAAUCUUUUUUGAGUAACGUAAUUUUAAGAGUUGUAAAAAUAAUUAAUAUUAAAAUAAUUGAGUAUACUUUUUAAACAUAAAUAAGACUUUUUAAUUAAUAAUAAUUUUCAAAUCUAGUUUUAAAUUAAACUUAGAAAAAAAAAAUACAAAAAAAUAGUAAAAUAUUUAACCAUUUUUGCUAUAUAAGAAAAUUAGAGAAGAAAAACUUUCAGCUGCUGCUUAAAUAUUUGCUAAACAUAAAGAAAAAAAAAUAAAUCGAAGCAUGUUUAAUUCAACUUUUACACACAUAGACGUUCAUUCAAUUAAUGCAUGUCGAUUUUUCAUUCAAACGAAGAAAAUAAAAAUAUAAAAAAAAUCAAAAAAAUAAAUAAAAAAUAGAAGAUGGAAAAAAGUAAAUGUUUAAUUAAAAUAAAACUUUGUAGCUGCUCA